AUGGUAGCUUCUUUACCUGAAAAAGAUACCUUGUCUUGCACGAUGGUAGUUUUUUCAAUCUCUUGCUCUGUUUACACCAUGAGAGCUCGUUCUCUUGAUUUGAUAAUCCUUGAGGUGAGUAUAGAGACAAGGGAGGAGGCGAAGAGGGGAAUCUCUAUGAAGAACAAGAGAAGUGAAUUGAAAACUUCAGGUGGAGUAUCAGUAAGGAGUACUGAUGGCGACGGGGUCAUGGUAGUUGGAGGUUCUAUUGCGAAAUCACAGAGAGAGAGGAGUACAGAGAGAGAGUCUCAUAGCGCCAUGGUAGGUGGUGGCGCUGAUAGUGAAUAA